AUGAUUGUCUCAAUUCCAGCUGAUUACGAUAUCUUGUAUUUCGUAUACUGUUUUCGUCCACUCAUUCAAUUAACGUUAUUCUCUCUCCUCAUGAUGUACUGUUUAUGGUAUCUUCGAUUGGCAUUAGAAGUUAUAUUAGGACAACCAAUAACGCCCUCAUUAAAACAAACCGUAAACACACCACAAGCCUAUCAAACAACACAAAGGAAUAUCGACGAAAAUAACUAUCGAUAUGUUCAUAAUUUGUGGCCAAUCUCAAUAAUAUAA